AUGUGGGUGGACGGCAAUUUUAUCAAAUAUCUCCGUCACAUAAAAAUUUCUGCCAUCCAAUGCAUAAUAAUUCUCGUAUUGCAUUUCUGCCAAAUUAUUUACUCGGAACUUUCUACAUUCUCUCCGGUGUCGUCUGAAGAUUCCCACGUUCCAUUCAAAUUCACUUCCUCAUAUUAUGAAACAAUUCUAGUUGAUGAUGGGAGCUUGUACCAACAUGUAAUUCCAACUAGUGCACAUAUGGGAGUUCCCGAGCCGUUCAGUGGGAAUCCCUCUGGUGAUGUCAUAUUUUCUAUUGUUGAAGCUGAUUCUCAGGAUUUAUUUCAAGCUACUUGCGAAAAGAUAGGAAAGUUCUUCUUUUUUCAUCUGUCUGUCUCGUUUGACAAACCUACAAGUCAUAAAAAACGCAGCUACCACUUAAAAAUUAAAGCAGUUUUUACAUCUCACACCAAUGCAUCAGCCAAACCAAUUCGUUUAACCAAUACUACGGAAGUUGUUGUAAAUGUACUUGAUAUGCACGCAAAUUGCCCUAUUUUUUCCAGGAGUUUAUAUCAUUUUGUAGUCCCUGACAAUAUCAGUAUUCGCGAGUCUGUCGGUAAAUUAUCGGCUAGUAUAUCAGGUUCUAAUUUAAAUGCUGAGAAUUUGUUGUAUGUGGACCCAUCAGAACUUUCGAUUCCUUUCCGAGUCGAUAUGUACUCAGGUCAUAUAUUUCCCACUCGUCCCUUGAAAAGUUAUUAUACUAAUACUGGAUACCUAAGAAAUUCACAUAUAGGAUCAGAAUUUGACGUUUUCGAUGUGUCCAACUAUUCUUUUAAUGUCUACGCUGCAAGUCGUGGUGGCAUUGAUGGUUCAAACUGCAAUAUGGUCAGUAUUACCACUGUUGAAAUAAAAGUUGCUAAAUCUAAGUUUUCAGACCUAGUGAUAAAGGUUCAACCGUUUGAGGAAAUUAAAAAUCCAGGUAUGGCUGGUGUUGCUUAUGCUCGUGUUCAUGUGAUUAAUCCUCAUCCAUCCAUCGACUCAUUAAUCAUACUCAAGAUUUUAGAACCAGAUAUGAGAGAGAGGUUUGAGCUUGUGCCAACACAUGAGACAAAUAAAUGGUUACUCCAAACGAAAUAUAACAUCCACUAUGUUUCAUUAAACUCUUUGAUAGCUUUUACCCUGGAGGCUUACAAAGUUCCUGUUACAAUUUCUAAUGCAGAUGACAGUACUAUAUCAAAUCAUGUUUCACACUUAAAAAUCAGCAUCCCAAUGGUUUCUAAGUCUAAAUAUAAAUUAUCUUUGCCUCCAGAAAUAAGAAUGCGCGUAUCGGAAGUUGCUAUUAUAAACUCGACUAUAGGAAUUUUGAUGCCUUACACACUUUUUAAUAUGACCAAUACCAGCUUUGUUUUUACGGACCUUCGUAGUCAGAAUGAGAAAUCAAAGUCAGGUGAGAAGAUUAGAUUGACCAAGAGUGGGUCUCUCGUUGUUGUACAAUCACUUGACUUGGAGAAUGAUGUCAAUGAUCAAAAGUCACCAAGAAUUACAGGAAGCAACAUAAUCACCAUUCCUUUCACUGUUGUAGACGGCAAUAAUUUGUUACUAAGUAGUGCUGCGGAAUCACGUGUGGUCAUUGAAAUUUUCGACAUUAAUGACAUGGAUCCUGUUGUACAGAAUAAUGGGUCAAUAGUUGAAGUGCCAGAAAACGCUUCUGUAAACUCCUCUGUCUUGUCCAUUGUAGCACAUGAUCCGGAUAAGUCACACACAGAUCUGUCGUAUAUCUUGUAUGACGCUGAAUUCUUACCAUUUUCUUUGUCUGGUCUUCAUCAUAAUAAGCUAAUAAUAUCAAAACCUUUGGAUGCGGAAACUAUGCCGUCCGAGUUCACAGUACGCGUGAAAGUAACGGAUUCCGGAAUUCCACUACCACGUAGUGUUCUUGCUGUUUUUGUCAUUCGAAUAUUAGACAUUAAUGAACACUCUCCAGUUUUUGUAGAGGAUUCUUGUGAAAUAUCUCUACCUGUCACUGACGAAGGUUCACUUCUUAUUCACACUGGUUCGUCUUCACCAAGCCUGAAUAUAGGUCGGUAUUUUGCUGAAGAUUUAGAUCGUGAUGGUCAGAGUUCUAUUACAAUACAUAUCGCUUCAAGCAGUUUUUCAAGACCAUGUUUUAAAGUUGAUGAACAAACAGGAGAUUUGAGUGUUAUCUGUACAUACUUAGGAUCUCCAGCAAAUCCAAUUAUUCUCAAUUUAUUAGCUUCAGAUGGCACAAAGGCUUCUAAGAAAUCAUGCACUUUGUCAUUAAAUUUAGUGCCUAUCCAAGAAUUAGCUGGCGCUAAUUUUACAAGGCGUUGCAAGUCAUCUAACAUAUAUGAUGAGUUACAAGCAUUGAAGGUUCAAAAAAGAAGGUUUGAAUUUUUAUUGAGUCAGGAUACUCCUUAUGAAAUUCAAAUCAAUCGUCAUCGACCGCAGUUUCCAACAGAUCUGCCAACUCGUAUACAUAUUCUUGAAAAUCUUCCCAUUGGUACAGUUAUUUUAAAGUUUGCAGCCUCAGAUGAAGAUGGUGCAGAUUAUUCAAUGGCUGGGCAGAUUAUUUAUGGAUUAGAAGCCUUAAGAUCAGUUGCUUCUGAAACUGAAGCGUCCUUUGUGGCUGACACAGAUAUUAGACAGGCUUUUGUGUUACAACCAACUGCUGAAUUGGGUAGAGAAUACAAUAACAACACAGGGACAUUUUGUUGUGGUGUCUCCCUAACUGUUGCAGCACCUCUCGACAGAGAGGUUAUCUCCAGCUAUAGUUUGAUAUUACGAGCAUGUGAUAUGGGACAACCGCAGUUGUGUACUUUUUCUCCACUGCACAUUUUUCUUGAUGAUGUAGACGAUAAUGUCCCGGAGUUCUUAAAGCCAAAAUCGGUUCGUCAGUCAAUUGAUGUACCUCAGAUAUCAAAUAGUCCUUCAUUACCGUCAACUCAUACAAAGUCAGAGCUGGGUGUGGUUACCGAUUAUAUCAGUGUCCCCGAAGAUGUACAACCUGAUACAAUACUAGUUCAGGUUGAAGCCGUUGACUAUGAUGUGACAAGUGAAAUUCGUUAUCAUUUGUUGAAUUAUCAAGACACUUUCAAGAUACACCCUCGAACAGGCAAAAUUCGUUUGAAGACAAAACUCGAUCGAGAAAGUCAAGCAGUAUACGAAGUAUUAGUUUCUGCUGUUGGAUAUCCUCGUGGAAGUGAUCAGAGUCUCCAAAUCAAGAUACCAUACUCUAAUUUAAUGCAAGCGUCUCAAGCAGCUGAUCAUGAAACUUUUCUUUCUUCUACAACACGUGUUCGUAUAGUUGUCACAGAUGUUAACGACAAUCCUCCAGUAUUUCGUUCACCUGGUCUCCCUCAAGAGUCUCAGCACAUGUAUUCCAACUCAUCUGGCAUAAAUGGCGUAAAUGCUUGGCUUGGUUCAGAUGGAUAUGUUGUUUAUGUCCCAGAAGAUAUUCCUGAAGGUGCUUAUAUAACAACAUUGUUGGCUACUGAUAGAGAUGAAGGCAGGAAUGCAUUUAUCAGGUAUAGUUUAUUUGGGAAACAAGAGAGUAGUGCGACAUGUUUUCAUACUGACCAGCUUACUGGUGUUGUACGUUUAGCUGCAGGAUGUGAUUUGAGAAGAGGUGCUCGCACACAUGUACUUACUGCUUGGGCUAUGGAUCAGGGUGCAUCACAAUUAUACGCUAAUAUAUCAUUCAUUGUACACGUGUUGUCUGUAAAAGUGAAUGUUUUCCCACCGCGUUUUACAAAACAUCCAGCUCUUUUUAGUGGAUGGAUACAAGAAAAUCAGCCUUCUGGAAGUUUUGUUUAUUCAGAACGUAGUCUAAAAUCUAAGCUGAAGUUAGAUGCAAUGGAUUCUGAGGGUUUAAAUGUUUUCUAUACUAUAAUCGGCGGUUCAGGAUUCGGUUUGUUCAAUAUAGACAACGAUGGUUAUGUAUACAGCAUGAGAGAACUAGACGCUGAGGCUGUACAAGAUGAAGACGGAUAUUGGUUGGUUGUUUACGCUGUGGAAUCUUUUCAUCAUGCGAGACGAUCGAGAUCUAAUCCUCAAAAUCUGGAAUCUCUACUAAUCUCAUCCUCUCCAAGUGGACCUUUACAUACGAUUGCUGAGUUAUUUAUUGAGGUGUUGGAUGAAAAUGAUCAUUUCCCAAUCACACAACUUCCACAUUAUCAUUGUCAGUUAGUAGAAAAUUCUCCUGCCAAAGUUAUCUUGACCCGUAUAACAGCUAGUGAUUCUGAUAAUAAAGAUACAACCAGUUUAACUUAUCAAUUGACAGCUGGUGAUCCACAAGGUCACUUUAUAAUAGAUACUAGAACAGGUAUUCUAUCAACAACAGAACGUUCACUGGAUCGGGAAACAGUUCUAAAAGAUACAAGAGGAGCAGUAUUAAAUCUUAUGGUCACUGUAUCUGAUGAUGAUAAAUUGAGUCCACGGAGUGUUGAAGUUCCUGUGACAAUUGAACUAUUGGAUAUAAAUGAUAAUUCACCUCGAUUUGCACACACCGCUCCAAAAGAAUUUUCAAAGUAUAGAAAAUCUACAGAAAAUCCAGAUUAUUUCUUUCAGUAUUAUGCGACGAAAUCUUCAAAUUCAGUAAUCUGUGUUGGACGUGUUUUUGCCUUGGAUUUGGAUUCUGGAUUAAAUGGGACAGUAAUCUAUGAACGUGAUGCCUCAGAUGAUUUUAAAUCAUCAUCAAUGAAUGACGACGGUUUUUUUGUAGUUGAGCAAAAUGGUUGGAUUUGUACAAAAGAUGGUGUACCACCAGUUGGGGAAUACAGAAUGAAAAUUUUUGCAAGAGAUCAAGGAGAACAUCCAGUUGUACGUAUGAAAAAGGAAAAAGGAGAAAAAGAAGAAGAAGGAUCAGCAAUUAUUUUUAUUCGUAUCCUCCCACUUCCAUCCAGUGAUACAUCUGAAUCAUCUGAAGUUCAUUAUAUCAAGUAUACAUCUACGCCUCCACCAGCUAGUCAUACUAUUGAUGAUAAUACUAUUGUUGGAGAAAAGUUAUUCAGCUUUGCAGUUCAUGAUUCAUAUGAUCCUAGUGGAAUGGGAUUAGUUUUUGAACUUUUAACUUCUAAUCAUUCUUACCAACAUCCAUUCGCUCUGGGUUAUACGGCACCGACCAGUUUAUUCGUUUAUUUGGCUGAGCCAUUGGACUAUCACCAUUCAGCGUCUGUUUACAAUCUAGUAUUGAUUACCUCAAAUGGCUUAGAAAUGAUAACUACUAAGAUUCAAAUCAAUGUAAAGUUGACGACUAUUCAAUCCAGUCCAAAAUUUCUUACCGGCUUAAUAACUUCAAAAUCUACUGAUGCAAUUGCUCUAUCGGUAACAGAUGAUAUGUUGUCUCAGCAAGAGAAAAAUGCUUCAAACAGUCAGUAUUAUUUUCAGCAUAUAAUUAUUCAUGUAAAUCUAUCUGAGUCUACAAUGACUGGUAGUCUUGUUUGUCAGCUUUAUGUGAAUGAAACGCAUUCAGGUGCUAAGCAGAAAUUGCAUUACUCGAUGAUGUCUGUUGAACAAAGUCAAACACGAAGUUUAUUCACUUUGAAUGAAUACACAGGUGAACUACGCGUCAGUGGACUAUUGGAUUAUGAAACUGUUAAAAAGCAUUAUCUCUUGAUUGCUGUCCGUUAUUCCAGUUUACGUUCAUAUACAUCGUAUGCAACUAUUUAUAUCAAUAUAUUAGAUGCCAAUGAAUAUGCACCACAAUUUUUUGGUUUAUACAUCCCUUCAAAGUUGGAAAGUCAUCAUAUCAAUGUAUUGGAUAAUGAUUUAGAGUUUCAAAAUUUGGGCAGUUUUACAUUUUAUAUAUCAGGAUUGAAUCCUCUGAAUAGUUCGGUGGGUUGUGUUACAGCAUAUGAUCCAGAUUCUGAUGAAAAUGGAAAAAUCGUGUAUAGCAUCGUAAAAGGUGAUACUUCUGAUUUCUUCGCUAUUGAACCACUGAAUGGAUGUAUAAUACUAGCCAAAUCACUUCUUCCCAAUUAUGUCUAUUCAACAACCGGUGGAGAGUUUAUCUCCGGGCUUAGCUCCAAACUAUUCGUUCGAACUCAUCGUCUGAUUGUUUCUGCAAGUGAUCAAGGCACGCCUGUAUCGAAAACCAAUCAUACACAAGUAAAUAUUCAUAUUGUCCCUGGUCCAGGUGGUAUUGAUGCCCCAGCGCCUCGUUUCGCCUCAGAUAGUGUACUCCAUUUGUCCAUAUAUGAAAAUGUUCCGCCUUAUACAGUGUUAGCACCAAUAAUGCGUCAACUUACUCCUGAUUCUGCUAUUCCUGGUUUUGUUGCAUUUCGACUUGUCAGAGGUGAAGCAAUAAAUGUUGUGCCGGAUUCUUUAGCGAAUUCAAAUAUUUCUAUGGAUUUAUUUCAUGUCACCAUUGAUACAGGUUUGUUAAUGACGCUAGUCAGACUAGAUCGAGAAAGACAUGGGGAAUUUCAUCGUCUUGUUGUUGAAGUUAUCGGUACUGGUGGUGGUACGCGGAAUAUGUUCUACGAUCGUUUAACUAUUCAAGUACGAAUUCUUGAUUUAAAUGAUAACCCACCGAAAAUCAUUGGUCCUAGUCGUAUGAUCGGUUGGAUUUCAGAGGAUGCCCCACCUGGUACUAUGAUCGUUGGUCAUUGUAUAGACGAUAAUUUAGUGACUACUUGUGAUCCAGGUUAUGUUGGUCCAAUUGCUUUGAAAGCGAUCGAUUUCGAUGUGGGUAUAAACGCAAAACUUGUCUAUAGACUUGUUGGCCCGCAGUCGGGCAGUAAUCAUCAAUUAUUUGUUAUCGAUAAUUCAACUGGAGUAUUACGUUUAUCGGAUCAUGCAUUAUUAUUGGAUCGGGAGAUGAAAGCACGCUAUGAUUUUAUGAUUGAAGUUAGUGAUUCUGGUAAACCGUCGCUUACUGCUGAUCAUUUGAUAAGAAUUAGUGUUGAAGUGACAGAUGUAAAUGAUAGUCCACCGAUUUUUACAGAUCCUUACUACCUACAGUCUACACUACUUCUCCCAACUUAUCCAAAUGAAUUAGUUCUACAAAUUAAAGCAGAAGAUCCGGAUUUGAAUGACUCGGUUCAUUAUUAUCUUGUCGGUGGUGAUGGUGUUGAACACUUCACUCUGGAUGAAAAUACUGGCCUUUUACGUGUUGCACCAAAUUCGAGUCUUUCAGAGAUCAUCAUCAACACACCUACAUCUUUUCUAUCAAGAGAUCAAACUUUUUUCCUACACAUUGAAGCUUGGGAUAGUCAUAAACCGAUUGCGCAUAUCAGUCGUUCAAAUGUCACUAUUUAUAUGCGUAGUGUACAUCCUAUGCGUGAAUCGAAACCGCUUAUUCUUGAUCCUGUGGAUGGUUUACAUGUUGAGGUUGAAGAGCAUUAUGCUGGUUCAGAAUUAUUAAAACUUGGUCAGUUGUCUAUUCGUAAUUCUCCUGUUGGUACAAUUUACAGAUUUAUCACACUCAAUCCGCAUCCAGGUAUUUAUGUACACCCACUGACUGGAAGUGUUUUUGCCACGGGUAAGCAAAACACCACUGAAUUAGACCGUGAGAUGACAACUAACUUCACACUGAAUAUUCUUGUACGUGAUGCACAAAAUCGUAUUGGUACUGGAGCUGUACAUGUAAAUCUUAUAGAUAUUAAUGAUAAUCGACCAGAAUUCAUUGGAUUACCAUAUUAUGUGACAUUUUGUGUUAGUUCUAGCACUUCUGCCAGCACAUCUUCACUCAUCAAUGAACAAUUGAACAAACAAAAUAUUGACUCAAAUCGUACCUGUAAAAGUGCUAAUCGUUUUAGAGUUACUGCCACCGAUAAAGAUGAUGGUAUAAAUGGAACUGUUGUUUAUAGUCUGACAAGUAUUCGACCACGGGCUGAACCACCAUUACUAUCGAUCAAUUCUACAUCUGGAGAUGUCUAUCUCCUGAGAAGUCUUCCUUCCGAUUGGACUGGUCGACAAAUUGAAGCUGUUGUUGCAGCUAUCGAUGGUGGUGGUUUAUCGUCUACAGCUACUGUGCAUAUCCAUCUAGUUGCUGAAAAUGGUCCACAGUUUUCAGCCAAUCUUUACUCUGCAUCAGUACUAGAAUCUGCACCGAUUGGUGAAGCAGUCACAUCAGUUGAAGCUAUUGGCAUAGAUAUUGGUGCAAGUUUGAUAUAUCGUAUUGUAAAUGUUAAGUUGAUGAAGGCUACGCCGUCUACACUAAUGAUGCUGACUGAUGUACUUGAUGAUCUGAAAGAACAAGAUUCAAUCGCUUUAGAGGAUUGUCCUUUUACACUGGAAUUUAAUACGGGUAUUGUUCGAGUAAGUGGUCGGAUAGAUUAUGAGAUGGCAUCGCAUUAUCUACUUCUGUUGGAGGUUAUUGACACACAGACGAGUUUUGCAGCACGUGUUAAUUUAAUAAUUAAUAUAACCGAUGUCAACGACGUCUCACCAGUAUUUUCAUCCGAGGAGUACUCUGUGUCUGUGCUUGAAAAUGUUCCAAUUGGUUAUCGGAUUUUAACUCUUAAAGCCAAUGAUCCUGACUCUGGAUAUGGUGGACAGAUUAAAUACAGUUUAGAGUUGAAUAGUGUACUGCCAGAUUCUAGUCUACAUUCACAUUUUAAGUGUGAUCCUGAGACAGGUGAGGUUUUCAUCGCCAAACCGCUGGAUUUCGAAGUGGUACGUGAAUAUUUAUUUUGGGCUAUUGCAUCAGAUCUGACCGCCAAUCCAUUGGUAACACGUGUACCAUUAUAUAUUCAUGUCUUGGAUGUCAACGACAAUCCGCCUUACUUUGACACACCAGUUUCUCUGUCAGUUACAAAUUCUCCUUCUCCAAUUGACAAUAUUCAUCAUGAAGUUGAUACUAAUAAAAAUGUGCCUAAUAAUAAUAAUAAUAAUAAUAAUAAUAAUAAUAAUAAGUGUGUUUACCAUGCUAAAUUAAAUGAACGUUCUCCAAUCGGUACCGUAAUUCUCCAGUUAUCUGCUUCUGACCCUGAUAUGAAUGCAUCGUUAACCUAUAGGAUAGCAUCAAUACAUCAAAAUGAAACUUUGUAUUUUCAUCUUGGUCAACAUGAUGGUGUAUUACGUUGGUUACCUUUGGUAAAUAUCUAUGGAAAACCGGUCUUUUUUCAUACUUCAAAUCCCCUCGAGGUGAUUACAACCAGUGAUGAUGAUGAUGAUGAUUUUCUGUCAAGUUUUCAGUCAACUUAUUCUGUAGAUGAAUUGAAAAUCAAAGUUGAAGUUACUGAUGGUCUACACUCAACAACAUGUGAUGUAAUAGUUAAUCUAGAACCUAGUAAUUGGGAACCGCCUAGAUUUAAUCUACCAAAAUAUGAAUGGUGGGAGAUAUCAGAGUUGACAACUGUUGGCUCUAUUGUUAAUCGUAUUCAACCAGCUAAAGAUUCAGAUCGUGGUAAAUAUGGUCAAUUAGCAUACAGCAUAGUUGGCGGUUAUGGUCGUGAAUGGUUUAGCAUCGAUGCCAAAGAUGGUACCAUUCGUUUAGCUCGCCUAUUGGAUAGAGAAGUGAAAAGUCAAUAUAGCCUAUUGAUUUGUGUUAAAGAUGGUGGUGAUCUAAUGGAUUAUAUGAAAUUGGAUAUAUCAGUUAAAGAUAUGAAUGAUAAUCGACCAUUAUUUGGACAAGUUAACUAUGAGCUCACUUUAUUACCUGCAAUGUACAAUCCACCAUCAAUUGAGACAAGUUUCCCUGUCUACUUACCAUUACAACUGAAAGCAUAUGAUGCAGAUAUUGAAGAAAAUGCACAUCUCGUCUAUCGAAUAUUUCAUCCACCUAAUUCUAUGAAACAUUAUCGUCAAGAAGUAUCAAAAAGAUUUUCAAUUGAGUCGAGUACAGGCAAACUUUUGUUGAAUACCCCGUUGUCACCUAGUACGGUUCAAGAUACUGAACAACAAUUACUAGUUGAAGCGUGUGAUUCACCAAUUUAUGCUGAUUCAGCUAUAUUAUGCUCAAGUCCAGUGAAAAUUAAUAUUCGAUUCUCUGGUGAAUCGUCUACACUUUUACCAGAAAUUAUAUGUUUAUCUAGACCUUUAGUAGAGGAUGAUUUUCUCUCUGAUCGUCAAGUGGGUAAAUGUGAUGUUAAACCGGCCAGUUUGAAUCAUUCUUGGAGCCUAACUAAUAUCUCUCCAUUAUCAUUAUCAAAUGGACAAUUGUCUAUAAAUGAUAUUCACAGUAUUGAACUAAGUCAACAGACAAAAUUGUUUAGAAUUGAUGCACAAACAGGUCAAAUAUUUGCAUUGAAACCAUUGGAUUAUGAAACACAUUCUGUGUAUGAAUUAGGCGUGGAAAUGCAUACGGUGUUUGAUGGUAAUCAACCUGCUGUUAUUCUGCGUACAACUGUACGGAUUGAAUUAAUUGAUGUAAACGAUUGUUCACCGUAUUUCGAUUCACCUGUGUAUCGAAUAGACAUACCAGAAGAUUAUCCAUUAGGUGUAAGAUUUCUACGAACUUUAGCUAUAGACGAUGAUAUUUGCCUUGGUUGUCAUGGUGAUAACAGGGGUGACAGUCACAGCAGCAUCGGCAGCAACAGGAAAACCUCUGCUCCCUAUACCACUGAUGAUGACAACAGCCAGGAUGAUAAUGUUGACAAAGAUGUUAAUCAUAUAUCUGACGGUAAACAAGAUAUUAUUACUUAUUCUCUAUGGCCAAUAUCAACUCUUGCCUCUGAACAUCUUGCUAUACGUGGUGGUAAUUUAAAAGAACAACGUGUUCGCCUAGAGAAAUUGAUUUUAUUCAAUCCUGAAUUACAGGCAUUGAGGAGACAGUUUAAAAUUGAUUCACAAGGAUGGAUUUCAUUGUUGGCGCCGUUAGAUUUUGAAACGAGUCAUGAACAUGUAUUUUGGGUUAUGGCUAUGGAUGCUGAUGGGCAUUGGAAUACCAGCCGAGUACAUAUUUUCGUCAAAGAUAUCAAUGACAAUGCACCUUUAUGGCCUCUAUCACCAAUUCAGAAUGAUUCAUUCGAAUCUAUUCUACCGAUGGAUUUAAGAAAGCGUCAAAUUUUAUCAGAUGAAAUUGAAAUUCUAGAAAAUUGGUGGCCAUCUAAAGAAGAAGAAAUUAUUUAUCAGUUAAAUAUUAUAGAUUUAGAUGAGGAAGUCAAAUCCAAGCCUCGAUUCUAUCUCAUCAAUGAGCCUUCAUCGCAUCACUCUCGUGAAAAUAGUUUUUAUUUCUAUGUUAAACCAUCUGGUGCUUUGUAUCUUCGUCAGAUGUUGGAUAGAGAAUUGACACCUGUGCAUGUGCUUAGAUUUCAAGCCAGUGAUGGACAGUUUGUUACUCAAGAUACUUUCGUCCUACGCGUGAUAGUCAAAGAUAUGAAUGACAAUGUACCAAUUUGUAUACAACCCACUCGUGUUCUAACUGUUCCUGAGGAUAUGAAAUUGGGUACAAUUCUAACUACAUUGAAUGCAACAGAUGCUGACACAGAUCCACGUAAUUCUCUCAUCACAUAUACCAGUAAAUUCUCAGAAUCAAAUCUUUUCUCUGUCAAUAGUCGUAAUGGUACUGUGGUUUUAAAUGCUUCACUGGAUUUUGAAAUGAGUCAACAACAUGAGUUAAUUAUUGAUGCAUCAGAUCCUGAAGGUUUUAGUUGUACAUUUAAUUUAAAAAUUAUUGUAUUGGAUGUGAAUGAUAAUCCACCAGUGUUCGAUGCUAUUGAAAUCAAUGCUAUUCCUGAAGAUGCACCACUAGGAAGUUUGGUUGGAAAAAUUAAUGCACGCGAUUUAGAUUCUGUGGAUACAAACCGAUUGGUAUACAGUCUUCUUGGUGCUCAUGAUGCCAGUUUCAGUAUUGAAUCACACACUGGCCUGUUGAGAGUUAGUCGACCAUUAGAUCGUGAAGUGAAGAGUACGCAUACACUGACUGUUCUAGUGACAGACGGUUCACGUUCACAAUCUAGUGUUCCAUUUACAUCGAGUGCAACCUUCACUAUACAACUAUUGGAUGUUAAUGACUCUCCACCGCAAUUUGUAAAUACAUCUGCACAUCGUAUAAAAAUAUCAGAACUGGCUCGUGUCGGUGAAAGGUUGACUCGCCUAAAGGCGAUCAGCCAAGAUGAAGGAGAUAAUGCAGUGAUACACUAUCGUCUGCUUACAAAACAACCUGAAUUUGGUUUAAAUGAAACUACCGGUGAUCUUUGGCUUCAAAAACCACUGGAUUAUGAACAAACACCGGCGUACUUUUUAACAAUUGAAGCACGUGAUCGUGGUCAACCCCCACUGAGUAGUACAGCUGUGUUAACUGUUCAUGUAGACGAUGAGAAUGAUAAUCGACCACAGUUUAUGGGAAGACAACGUAUUCCGGAGAGUAUUGAAUUGAAUCGGCUAGAUGGAUUGUCUAAAACAGCUGACUCAGAUUUCUAUCAGUAUUAUUAUGCCUUCAGUGUGGUUGAGAAUAGUCGAAAUGGUACAGUUGUCGGCAAAUUGAAUGCUAUCGAUCCAGACAGUGGAGAUAAUGGUCGUGUAAGUUUCCACAUGGGUGAAAACAUUGAUUUCUCUGCCUUAUUUAAAGCCUAUCAUGAAGAUUCAGCGUAUACAGAAUAUUUAAGCCUAUCUGAGGCUAAAACACGGUUUCAUCUCGACAGCGAUUCUGGUCGUUUAAUGUUGACUUUCCAACCGGAUCGUGAAGUGAUUAAUAGUUAUUGGUUAGUUGUACAAGUUGUCGAUCAUGGUAAACCAAGCCGCCUAUCGAGUUUAACACUAGUACAUGUACAAAUAUUGGAUAUUAAUGAUUGUUCGCCUACAUUUGAAAAAUCAAGUUAUGAAUUUUAUGUUGAGGUUGAUCGAUCGGGGAAUAUUAGUACGUGCUCGGAAAAACAAGAUUCAUUUGAAGGAAAUUGUCAGUCUGUAUCCGGUGGUAAUGUUUUAAUUGGUCGAUUAAAAUUGACAGAUGCUGAUGCCUAUCCAAAUUCGGGUCCAUUUACUUGUCAACUGGCUAAUUCUGGUUUUAUGCAAACUGCUGUAAUCCAUGAUGCAUCGAUUAGGUCCAGUGUUGCUUCAACUACUAGUACUGCUUCUUCUAGUAGUAGUACAUUGUUUUCAGUUCGAACUAUGGAGCACAAUCAGAGUAGUAGUAGUAGUAAUAAUAGCUCUCAGAUGACGAUGAUGAACAGUGAUAGCCAGGCAAAGAAUGAAAUCGAUUAUAGUCGAGGAGAAUGUUUAAUCUAUGCAAUUGAUAGACUACCUGUUGGUAGUCAAAGUCUAGUGAUAAGAGCUAAUGACAAUGGAUUGACUGCAUUGCAUACUACAACUACAGUCACAAUUCGUGUAAUUCGUAUGUCAAAUUUACCACCAGAAAUAGUGAAUACAAAUUCUACACUAAUUUACUAUCGUGGUAGUGCAUACAAUAAUAAUAAUAAGAAUAUGCUGAAUACUGGUAUUACUGAGUCGACCACAGCGAAACAAGAACAAAAUUAUGAUACAACAAUAGCUCGAAUAACAGUCAAAGAUCGUACUACGCAUGAUCGUUUGUUUUUUGAAUUACUGAAUAAUGAUGAUAAUAUGUCCAUAACAAAUCUAUUCUCAGUUGAUCCAUACGAUGGAACUAUACGCUCAGCUGGUGGUGGUGGUGGUACACUGUCAUCCAGUUCAUCUUCAACACUUCAAUCUACACUACGUGAUACAUCAUCAUCAUCAUCAUCAUCGUCACAGCCAACUUCUACUAAACCUGAGACAUAUUCAUUCCGUAAUUCACUUAUUCAUCUUGAUUCUGGUCUUUAUCCUUUACGUGUACGUGUCACAAACGGUACACUGACCUCUGAAGCUGUUAUGCAUAUUAAGGUUAUAUCAAUAACUGAAGAAAUGUUAGACUCAGCCUUGGUAAUUCGUAUAACAAAUCUACUGCCUAAUUUAUUUUAUAUGGAAAAUUAUAAUACGCUAUUACAAAAACACUUAUCCAAUCUAUUGUUAGACUCAAGAUUAUCUCAAUUCUCAUCGGUGAAUUCACCUACACUUGUACAAAAUUCAUCUCAAGAUAAUGUUUACAUUCUGUCUGUACAAGAAACCGACUUUCCAAACGGGCUUUCCUCAUCCACCUUGUUAUCUUCAUCAUUAUAUCACGAAGGCAGAUAUACUUCUCAUCAACAACGUCGUAGUAAACGUAGUCUUGAUAGAGCAGUUGAUAUUCUUGUCGCCGUAUAUGAUCCUAAAGAAAGAGAGUAUAUAAAGCCAAAUAAAAUUGCUCAAGCUGUUAACGGGAUAGCUGAUCGUUUAGCUGUUGAAUUCGGUGGAGAGAUUGAAGCUAUACAUGAUGUUUGUACUCCACAGUUUUGUCCUCGUGGUCGAUGUCAUACAAAAGUUACAAUUGAUCCAGACGGUGUAAUGAAUCGUGUUGAAGUACAUCGGGUUAAUCAAGUCUCGCCUCGAUUUCUUCUAUCACCUGUUUGCCAGUGUCCAAUGCAUUUUACUGGUGUUCUGUGUAACACUCCAACAGAUGCUUGUGCUAUGGCUAAUUGUCCUGCUUCACGAAUAUGUGUACCACACGGUUUGAAUGAUUAUACGUGUAUAUGUCCACCACCUCGUACUGGUCCUAAUUGUGAAUCACUUUUAAUAUACAAUGAUAAGGAUAAUUGUCAUUCAGAGGCUUGUUUCAAUCAAAGGGAAAAUGGACCUUUACAAUUUACUGGUGGCUCUUUUAUUCAAUGGGAAUUUUUAAAUCCAAACCCAUUUUAUUUUGAGUUGAAAUUCGCCUUUCGAACUCGACAAACUAAUGAACCCUUGGCGUUUAUACGUUGGUCAUCCCUGCGAACAUUUCAAUUGAGACUGACAAACAAUGGAUAUUUAGUUAUCUCUCCAAUUGGUUUAUCUAACGGUCUUCCAUUGAAUGAUUGGUUAAUGUUUAAUGAAGCGUUUACUGAUGGUCAUUGGCAUCGUGUACGAUUUGUUCUAACUGCUUUAGAUGAUUCUAGUACAGUUAUACCAAGUGAUGCUUUGUUGUAUAAUUCACUAUUUCAAGAUCGUGAUCUCAUGCAUUCGGAGGCGAAAUCAAAUCCUUGGCAGUCUAGUUCCAGUUGGUUAGCUGAAUUAACUGUCGAUGGAAUAAAUCCUAAAUCUGCAUUAAUUGAAUGGAGUCCAGGUGAUUCAUAUCAACAAGGCAUUCUAGUUGGUGCUGAUUUAGUUUAUGGAUUUCGUCCGCUAAGUGAAGCUUAUAAACUAACCGAUGUAAAUACAACACCUGAGAGUAGUAGUAGUAGUUCACUGUUGAAUUCAUCACAGGCUACACCGAUUGUUUUUCGUUCUGGAAUUGUUGGUUGUUUCCGUGAUAUCACUGUGAACAGUAUUAAACCGCCUUAUCAAGUUAAUCUUGUCCCUGAACAGGCUAAAUCUGUUCUUGGCUUAUCCUCAAAUCCUUUCCUAAUGAUUGUACGAACACAAAAGUUGGAGUAUGGUUGCCAGCCUAUAGCUACAAUCUCUGGAUCUUGUGCAUCUGGUCCAUGUUUACAUGGUGGAACUUGUGUAACUGGUACAAAACAAUCACUUGGUGGGGGUGGUGCUGGCGGUGGUAGCGGAAGUGGUACAUCAGCCUAUGCAUGUGACUGCCCUUCAUUAUUUCAUGGAAGACAUUGUGAAAGGACAAGUGAUGCUUGUUUACUUGCUCCGUGCUACAAUGGUGGAACUUGUCAAACUUUAAUAACAUCGAGUGUAUCCAAAGCACCGUCUCAUUCUGGUCUGGCUGCUUAUCGGUGUAUUUGUCCAGCUGGUCUGUCAGGUUUACACUGUGAAAUUGUUCAUCCUGAAAUUAUAUCGCAGACUUCUUCUUUUUCCUCGUCAUCAUCACCACCAUCAUCAUCGUCGUCGUCGUCGUUGUCGUCGAGUCAGUUAACAGAUAAACGUGAUUCAACAAUGAAAACUAAUGUCGCCUGUCAUACUGCACAGUUAAUACUUCAACAACAACACCAACAUCAACAACAGCAACAACAAAAUAUGCUGAAUAAAAUGCAACAUACUACUGCUAAUUCAAAUUACCGUUAUGCCUUCGCCUUGCCUUCAUCAUCGAAUAUAAAUCAUGAUUCUAAAAAAUUGAUGGUUUGUCUUCAUGGUGGUUCAUGUCAAGAUUCACCGAGUGGUCCUCAAUGUGUUUGUCCUGCUGGUUGGCAAGGUGCACGUUGUGAGCAUGAUGUUGAUGAAUGUCGUGUAGUGAAAAGUGUUUAUUCAAGUCAGCUGCAUGAAUCAACAACUCCAUAUAUGAAAUGGUUAGAAAAUCGUGCCAGUCCCAAUGGUGGUUUGUGCAGUCCAUAUAGCCCUGGAAGAGGUGUAUGCUUUAAUACACCUGGCUCAUAUAAAUGUAACUGUUCGAUUGGCUUCUCUGGUCAACAUUGUCAGUCGAAGAAUCUAGUCCCAUUGAUUCCUGAUACCAAUCCCCUUGGUCUGAGUCAAUUCCAUAUAUACAUCAUUGUGGGCCUUCUAGCAUUUCUCUUCUUAACUGCCUUAGCUACAAUUGUAUUAUUGGCCUGCCGAGCUCGUGGAAUGUUUGGUGGAACAUUGGAUGGUAGUCGACGAUCUGUAAAAUCUGCAGGUUCCUACUGGCCUAAUGGUAAUCAUCAACAAACAAAACCUAUAGGUCGAUCUUCAGAUCCUCGUCUAAAUCGUCUGAAUUAUUCUGCUGGUGGAAGUUUAUCCGGUGUUCCGUUUAUAGCUGGGGCUAGUCCAGCACAUCCAGGUGGUCAUGCUAGUCAUAUUGGUACACAUCCUAGAUAUAUGUUGUCUGCUGGACAUCGUCGUCCUUCGUUAGCUUCAUCAGCGUUUGGUUUUCCAGUUGCUAUGGAUGAUAGUGCUACUGCCCUGUUGAAUAGUAACUCAGGACAUAUGCCAUUUUCUUCAGAGAGUGUUAAACUUGGCGGAAAUUGUAAUGCAGCUGCGACAUUGGGGGAUUACAGUGAGCAUGAUGAUUCUGUUGCUACUUGCAAUUCUGGUGUAUUACUUUACCCCACAGCUGUUGGUGAUCAUCAAAUGCCAGUGAUGAUGAUGCUUUCACCCCUUCCUGGAACGCAUGGAUCAGUCGGUCCUGGUAGUCGGGCCAGUGUAAUUGCACGCUAUUCACCUGCGUCUUCAGUUAUUUUCUAUGGUCCAGGUGUACCGUCAGGUUCUGUAACACCUACUAAUCAAAUUCAUUCGCCUCAACCUGGUUUUGGUGUUGACCCAUCUGGUUCUGGUUAUAUUCCACAGCGUCAAUGCUUCACAGGCUCUCAGGUAGCUCUAUAUCCAACAGGACAUCCUGCUUUCUUACCUCAUCCUCAGUCUCAACAACACCACCAGCAACAACAACAACUUAUUCAAAUGGUAAACAUGCGUCCAAAUUCUGUAGUAGGCUCUGAUCGUCUAUCUCUUGGUUCAGGUAGUGAUCGUUUCUCUGCGCAUAGCAGUCAGGUUCUAGUACAACCCAACAGUACCUGUGCUAUACCCUAUCCAUGUUGUCCGCAAUCUCAAGCUGUAACACCCCAGCUAUACUAUCAUCAGUCAUCGGCGGCAGCAGCAGCAGCAGCUCAACAUCAUCGAUCUUGGACUCCUAACAUGUCAAGUAAUGGACAUGCACAGCCUAAUUUCCUUAUAAUGAAUCAAAACCAUGAUGAGGCUAAUUUAGAAGAAGCAUGUAUGACACUGAGACCACAAAAUACCGAUUCUACCAAGACUAAUGAUGCCAACAAAUCUCAGGCAAAUUGUGAUGACACACCUGCAGCAGCAUCAUCUGAUGAUCAACCAGUUACUACGCACAAUAGCAAUAAUAAUAAUAAUAACAACAACAACAGUGAGACAGUUAAACCUCGACCAGUUCCAGUUAAUCUUCAGCAUACAACUAGUGCUUUUGUUUUAAAACAGCGGCAACACCCGAUUAGACAACAAAAUAAUAAUAACAAUCAUCAUAUUUCUCCUGCUUUCAAUACUUUGCAUGCUAUGUAUCCAUGUUGUUGUGCUCAACCAUUAGUAUUACCUAUCUCCUCAUCAAAUGCAUGUUGUAAACCAACUCUGUCGCAUAAUAAUAAUAAUAAUACUAUUUUUCCAAUGGUUAAUCCAUUUGCCUAUUCAUCGCCAAGAUGUGCGUUGAACAGUUUUCUUCAUCCUCGUGUACGUCAACCAAUACUUGUUGUUCACAAUCCCUCUGCUGCAUACCCACCAUUCACUUAUUCUUAUCCAUCAAUUCAUUUACAAUCCAUGCCAAUUCCUGAAGAUGAUGCAUUACUACUGAAUAAAUCAAGCGUUCAAAACUCAGAAUCUUUAUUUCAUCUACCAGACUCUUGUCCUACACUACACGACGAUACCUAUAAUCCAAGUGAACUAUCAGCGUCUUAUUGGCCUUCAGUACAAAAUAUUUCCCUACCAAUAAGAGAUUCCCUCGGUGGAUUACAUCAAUCAUCGUUUGCUGCAGCUACUUCUGGUUUGAAAAGACAAUCAAUGUUGGCUGCCGCCACCACCACUAGUUCAUCAUCAUCAUCACGUGGAAUAAUUCAUCAGCAUCAUCGACCUCCAGUUGAUGAUAAAGCAUUUCGUCGAACACUUCAACCUCGUGAAAUUUUAAAGGCUAAUGUAAGGUUGGGCGGCGGUCUACCGCCUGUUACAGUCUCUCGACCGCAUUCAGCGCAUUUAUUAGGCUUAAAGAUUACAACAAGCAAAUUGACCAAUGUUAAUGGGAAUACUUCAAAUAAUUCUAAACAUUCAGAUGCUCAACCGAAUUGUAAAGUUCGAAACAGUAUUGUAGGCGAGGCUAAUGGCGGCUGUGUGAAUGUGACAUGGCUUGUUAAUGACAACAAUUCAUCUCUCAAUCAUAUACAGAAUAAUAAUAAUAAUAAUAGUACUACAAAGGAUGCAUCGAAUGUUGUACCGUCAUCAACUACUGGCAAGUCUAACACUACACAAAACACUACAAAUACUACAAAUGGUAAUAAUAAUAAUAACAAUCAUAACAAUAAUGUCGCUACUCAAAAUCGAAUAUCGAAUAAUAAAUUAGAUUGGUUUGGAAAUGAUAAUUCAAAUUAUCAUCCACUUUUACAAAAUAAUAAUAUUAAUAAUAAUACUUCCAAUUCAUAUGAAUUAAUAAAUGGAAAUCAUAAAGACUUUCAGAAUGUUUCAUCAGAGAUGGGAACACCAACAACAACAACGCCAGUAGUAGCAGUCGCACAAAAAACGCCAGCACCGUUGACAAAUGGACUGUCAACAGCGGCAACAACAACAGCGACACCAACUCCACAUGUUAAACAAUUACCUUCUUCUGUAAAUAAUUCCUGUCAUCAUGAUAGUAAAAGCAUUUCAAGCAUAGAUGAUUUAUGAUGCGAUUUGGAAGAGAAUGUGGGGGUAGAGAUGCUGAGGGUUGGGUGGGGGAUGUCGUCGUCUUCCCACCCCACCCCCACGUUCUUUCCACUUCAUUGAUGUUUUUCUAUUUGGUGGUAGUAAGUAGUCUUUUAUCGCAUAUCAUGAUGUGUGAUAUAUCACGAACCGAUCAAUCAAUCGAUCACUCAGUCAGUCAAUCAGUCAAUGAAUAGUUAUCGUUAUUAUCUUCUCAAAUCUCACUUGAAACAUUUUUAUCCCAUUUCUGCACAAAUAAUGAUCAUGCCUUGUGGGAUAUUUCUAUUGGUUUCUAUCUCUCUCUCACACACACACUCUCUCUUUAUCUAUCUUCAUAUUCCCUCUUGAUAUUAUAAUUAUGUGUAAUAUUGUAUAAAAACAUAUAUAUAUGCAAAUUAGAUUUGUGUAGAAAAGCAGCAGCUGCGACAGCGACAUUAGGCUUUUUGUGAUGAUUAUAAAGUUAAAUACCACUCUACUACAUACUGUUGUGAUGAAGAAUAGCGAAUGAUCUCCAGUUUUACUGUAUUAAAAUUAGUACUGGUAGGCAGGCAGACAUACAGGCGCGCACAGGUCUAAUUUCUCAAGAGAAAAGACAAUAGAAGAGAUUGCGACGAUUAAUCAUCUCUCCUCCGCUGUCGCCACCCAGCCACCCACCCACCCAUCUGCCGGCUUUUUUUCCCAGUCCUAUAUAAAUAAAAUCUACCUCGUCUACAUAUACAUAUAUAAAGUGUGUAGACUGUUCAAUCCCCUCUUUCUUUCUUCAGCUCUCAUCUAUCUAUCUCUGCUCUUAUCUCCAUUUAUGUGUGUUGUUCAUAUUAUAUAUAUGUGUAUCUAAAGUGAGCUACUUAUUACAUAACCAACUUAACUGUCUAUAUUAUCACAUUAAGAGCUUGUUUUUACCAAAUACUUUCCUGUUUCGCUCUCCCUCUAUCUCUCCCGCCUCCCUCUCUACAGGGAUGACUUAUUCUUUCUUUUAUGAAGAUCUCAGACACACACAUACACAUAGGCCAAAAAAUUAGCACGCCUCUCUGACAUGCCUAACUUUCAUCAAUUGUCUCAUAUUAUUAUUAUUAUUACCAUUACAAAAACCAAUGUUAUGAUUAAUUAUCCUUUAGGCUUUCCGUAUUUACUUAUAUAUAUAUAUAUAUAUAUAUAUAUAUAUAUAUCUGCAGAAAAAAUGUUUUGUAAUAAUCAACUGUGUAUAAUCAGUGUGAGUAGCACUCAGUUUCUACUGAUAUGAUUAAUAACUUUUAUUACUAAAUAACUAUUAUUACUAUUAUUAAUUAAUUAAUUAAUAUUAUUUAUUUGCUGACAAUCAUGAAUGCACAACCGGUUUCUGUGGAUCCAUUGUAUUCUAAAGUCUUCAUGUUACUUUUUAUUUUAUUUAUUUUAUUUUUCCCGCUGGAGUGAAACCUACUUUUCUCUGGGGUUUCUUUGUAUUCUUUGAAUAAAAGAUUCUGUUUUACUGAAGCUCAUUCAUAUUUUGAGCAAAUAUAAACUGUGUAUACAUAUUCAGUUUAUAUAUAUAUAUAUAUAUAUAU